UAAAGACUAUAUUGAACUCUCCUCCCGUGAAACCUGGUGACACAAAGGCUUUCGAAGAUUUCUCCUCAGCUGUAAACACACUGGUGGGGAUGCUAAGUCGCAUGGACGGUCCCGCUCAGUCUGAGCUGCGGUGCGGCUCCCACGUAGACACCCUCCUCGGUAAACUGCCAGGUAAUUACAGGGAUAGUUUUGCUGAAUUCUGUAUUAAAAGGAGGAUCAUCUGCAGUGGGAGCGACCAGACGUACACCUUACCUGACCUCGCUGAAUGGCUGGAUAGGAAAGUUCAGGUGUUCCAGGUGUCUCGACGUGCAGCGGAAUCAAACCCAGCUGAAUCCAGUCGUAUGGCACAGAGAGAGAAUAAAGCAGGUAGAUCACAGUGGGUCAAACCAGCCUCUGUUUACUUCAGCAGCGACUCUACAACGGUCAAGCAUCAGCAGACCUCUCUGCAGCAACAACGGACCAACCUCCAGCCAGGCGCAAAGAAAGAUCAGCCCACGGUUAAAGGGAGGGAGCGCUUUAAGCCCUAUUGUCCAUAUUGCAGGACUACCCAGGAUCAUUACCUCAACGGCUGCCCUGAGUUUGAAAGAAUGACAACUGAGGAGAAAGCUGCCUGGAUUAAAGACAAAGGAAAAUGUUGGAGAUGUGGGCGUGGCCACUCACCCGAGAGCUGCACCCUGAAGAAACUCUGCUCCAUGUGUAACAAACAACACUUGCCGAUACUCCAUGAAGUUGUGGCCCAAGACCCGCAGCUAAACAUCCUCACGACAUCACAAACCACGCUUUACAAAAGGAGAAUAAAUUCAUCUAAAUGAGAGAAGUUGCUGCGUCUUCUCUGACAGGAGGAUUAGGCCAGUAUACACACAGCCAGCGUAUCAUCA